AUGAAUAAAAAUGGCGUUAAAGUUAUUAAAUGGGUUGACAAAAGGCAAAUUCUAAUGAUAUCUACUCUCAAAGAGGACAAAGAUGUGCUUGUCAACACUGGCAAAAAAAAUAGGAAGACGAAUGAAGAUAUAAAAAAGCCUACAUGUGUCUUAACGUAUAAUAACAACAAAAAAGGAGUUGACUUCAGCGACCAAAUGUCUUCAUACUAUUCUACAUUAAAAAGAGGGCUCAAAUGGUUCAGAAAAGUGGGUAUGGAAUAUUUGUUAGGCAUGGCGUUAGUAAACGCGUGGAUCACAUACAACGUGAAAUGUGAUAAGAAGGUUUCAAAAAAAGAAUUUACAGAGGCAUUAAUGCAAUCAUUAACUGGAAAAAGUAUAUGCGCUGAUAGUAAGUAUAAUGACGUGUAA